AUGUUUGUCUACAAGAGAGAUGGACGCAAAGAACGCGUGCAAUUUGACAAGAUCACGGCUCGUGUCUCAAGGCUGUGUUACGGUCUUGACCCGGAGCACGUCGAUGCUGCUGCUAUCACGCAGAAGGUCAUCUCUGGUGUCUACCAAGGUGUCACCACCGUCGAACUUGACAACCUGGCUGCUGAGACCGCCGCGUACAUGACCGUUACCCACCCAGACUAUGCCAUCCUUGCCGCUCGUAUUGCGGUCUCGAACCUCCACAAACAAACUAAGAAACAAUUUUCUCUCGUCAUCUCAGAUCUCUACCACUACGUCAACCCAAAGAAUAAAAAAGAAGCACCUAUGAUAUCCAAGAGCACAUACGAAAUUGUGAUGAAACAUGCAGAAGAGCUCAACUCUGCUAUCGUGUACGACCGCGAUUUCAACUACAACUUCUUUGGCUUCAAGACUCUUGAGCGAUCAUACCUUUUGCGACUAGAUGGAAAGGUUGCCGAACGUCCUCAGCACCUGUUGAUGCGUGUUGCUGUUGGAAUUCACGGCAGCGAUAUUGAGCGAGCAAUCGAGACCUACAACCUGAUGUCCCAGAAGUACUUCACACAUGCCUCCCCGACUCUGUUCAAUGCAGGCACUCCUCAGCCCCAGCUGGCUUCUUGCUUCUUGGUCGAUAUGAAGGAAGAUAGCAUUGACGGUAUUUACGACACACUGAAGACCUGCGCUCUGAUCUCAAAGACCGCUGGUGGUAUUGGCUUGAACGUCCACCGCAUCCGUGCCACUGGCUCUUACAUCGGCGGCACCAAUGGAUCAUCCAACGGUAUUGUUCCCAUGCUCCGGGUGUUCAACAACACCGCCAGAUACGUCGACCAGGGAGGAAACAAGCGUCCCGGUGCCUUUGCCAUCUAUCUGGAGCCGUGGCACGCUGAUGUUUUCGAGUUCCUGGACCUGCGCAAGAACCACGGAAAGGAGGAAGUGCGAGCUCGUGACUUGUUUUAUGCUCUUUGGACUCCCGAUCUGUUCAUGAAGCGAGUCGAGGCCAACGGUGACUGGACCCUCUUCUGUCCCAACGAGGCUCCUGGUCUGGCCGAUGUCUACGGUGACGAGUUCGAGGCUCUUUAUGAACAGUACGAGAAAGAAGGCCGUGGUCGCCGAACCAUCAAGGCUCAGAAGCUCUGGUACGCCAUUCUGGAGGCCCAGACCGAGACUGGAAACCCCUUCAUGCUUUACAAGGACGCUUGCAACAAGAAGAGCAACCAGAAGAACUUGGGAACUAUUCGCAGCUCCAACCUCUGUACCGAGAUUAUUGAAUACACUGCUCCUGAUGAGGUCGCUGUUUGCAACUUGGCCUCUCUUGCCCUGCCUACUUUCGUCGAUGCUGCCCGCGGCGAAUACGACUUUGGCAAGCUUCAUGAAGUUGUUGAAGUCCUGGUUCGCAACUUGAACAAGAUCAUCGACAUCAACUACUACCCUGUGCCCGAGGCCAAGAAGAGCAACUUCCGCCACCGCCCGAUCGCUCUUGGUGUCAACGGUCUGGCUGAUGCAUUCCUUGCCUUGCGCCUGCCCUUCGACUCCGCCGAAGCCAAGCAGCUUAACAUCCAAAUCUUCGAGACCAUCUACCACGCUGCGCUGACCGCUUCUUCGGACCUGGCCAAGGAAUACGGACCCUAUGAGACCUACGAAGGCUCGCCCGUUUCCCAAGGUAUCCUGCAGUACGACAUGUGGGAGCGUACCCCCACUGAUCUGUGGGAUUGGGACGCCCUCAAGGCCAAGAUUGCGCAGACUGGUGUCCGCAACAGUCUUCUCGUUGCGCCCAUGCCUACUGCCAGUACCAGUCAGAUUCUGGGCUUUAACGAGUGCUUUGAGCCUUACACAUCCAACAUCUACUCUCGCCGUGUUCUUGCGGGUGAGUUCCAGGUUGUCAACCCUUGGCUGCUCAAGGACCUUGUUGACCUUGGUCUCUGGUCCGACAACAUGAAGAACCGCAUCAUUGCGGAUGGCGGUUCCGUGCAGAACAUCCCCAACAUCCCCGACGACAUCAAGGCUCUUUACAAGACUGUGUGGGAGCUCUCGCAACGACGAAUUCUGGAGAUGGCCGCGGACCGUGGUGCUUACAUUGACCAGUCUCAGUCGCUUAACAUCCAUCUGAAGGAGCCCACCAUGGGCAAGAUUACUAGUAUGCACUUUGCUGGUUGGAAGAUGGGCUUGAAGACUGGAAUGUAUUACCUCCGUACGAUGGCUGCCUCUGCUCCUAUCCAGUUUACUGUCGACCAGGAGCAGCUCAAGGUUGCCGACACCAACAUCGCACGAUCAAGCAAGAAGAGGGCUGGUGGCAUUGCGGCUAGCACCUACUCGGCUGUUCCCCGUGCUCCUGCCGGCCAGGUGAACGGAGCCAGUGAAAACGCCACAAUUGGCAUUUCCCGCGAGGCCGACGUCAACAGCGAGGCUGACAACUCAGAGGAAGAGAAGAAGGAAGGCGAGCCCAGCGAGGCGGACAUCUACUCGCAGAAGGUUCUUCAAUGCAGUAUUGAGAACAAGGAGGCCUGCAUUAUGUGCCAGGGCUGA